AACUCCACUAACCUUUAACCCUUUGACCGCCAGAGAUCACCAUCAACAUGCUGAAACAGAUGAACAGCCUGGGUAUCUUCAAGAACGACGAUAUCUGGUUCCCCACCUACUAUACUUACAUGACUCUGUGGAACUACAGUGACGCCAGUGAGAAACUUGCCAGGAGGCGGAGUACACGUUCCAGCUCCGCAAGGACUACAUCCCUCUCAUGAUGCAGAAGCGCUACAGGCCAGACGGAUGGCUCGGCGCGAUUCUUGGCGCCAAACUUUUCUUUGACUUCAGCGGGAAAUAUCCGUACGAGAAGCCACUUCAGGGUCUUUUGAAGGAGUUGCGAGGCAGGGGGAAAUCAGCCCACCCAGGGGGAGUCAACUCUGUCGGUUCUCAAAUGCUUUUUCACAAAUCGACGGACAACUAAUAUGGCAGCUAAAGAAAAUGAGAGAAACGGCCCCUGAGUACUUCCACAACAGCCUGGAGCGACAGUUCGGCAUGACCUUGAUCGAUAUCCUGCGGUUUAACGCGGCCCUGGACAGCCUUCACUGAGCCCGACCCUAACCCUAACCUCUGCCUAGCACCACCGAAUUGUUACGCUCCGAACUAGUUAUUGCUUUCCCAGAUAUAAUAAAAUUUCAGCUCCAAAACACAAACCAAAACACAUCAAAUAAAUACAAUACAGUGCAAUACAAUACAAUACAAUGCAAUACAAUACAAUACAGCGCAAUAUGAU